CAAUAUUUAGUAAACGGAAAAAAAAGUAAAAGGAAAAUAUAUAAAAUUUCUGAAAAAAAAGAAAAAAUUGAAUUUUCUGGAACAUACAAUAAGAUGAAUUUACCAUCGAAACCAAAAGAUAAAAUAACAGCUGUAGCUCCUAUAGUUUGCGUUAAAAGUCCGGAUAAAAUCGAGCCGCAAAUAAAUUCAAGCAUGUGCGAUGAAUACGAGUGUGAGUUACUUCGUCUGGAUAUGGGACUAAUGAUAGCCGAUUACAAGAACUGGGAGGCCAUUUUCAAAGAAACCCAGUUAAGAGUUAAGCACGAGAUUAUUAUGUAUGAAAAAGCUGAGGAGGUAGUUUUAAAAUUAAUGGAAGACAGCAAAGUCGAGGCGAAUGUUACAAAUGAAGGAAAAGGAAUUUAUGUGACAAUCUCGUACAAACCCACCGAUUACGUUUACAUUAAUGUAAGUAAUAAUAAUGGUCUCAGGUGCUUCACCCUUCUAAAGGCCUUGGACUGGGUUCAGCAGAAAAUCAUUGAUCUCAGGACAUCAUUAAGACUAAUCGAGAAUGAUCAGCAGUUUGUAAACGCUCAAAGCGAGAAAAUCACUUCGAUAGAAAAAUGUUUAGUGAAAAAGGAAAAGUUUCUGGCUCAAAAAAGGAUAGCUGUUGAAAAACUUAACCAAAUGAAGACUACUUUUAUGGAGAAACCGGAACCAUUUUUGGAAACCAAAAAGGAUUUUGAAAGAGAAUUCAUGGAGUUUAUGGCAGAGGUGGAAAAGGACAACGCUUUGUUGAGCCACAUGACAGAAGAUAUUUUAAAUCUGUUAAAUAAACUUUCGGCUUUUCGAUCUGAAAGAUUGACAGAUUCGAUUGUCAAUCGUGUACGAAGAGAAAUCAACGAGCUUCUUGCGAAAUUAGGAGAACAGAAAACACAAGAUGAAAUUUCUAAGACUGAUUCAGCUGAAACCAUUAUUAAUAUUAGCUUGACUCAAAAUUAUUCGGUUAAAGGCGAUACAACGGAAAAUGAUUCCAGGAAAAAAUAUUCUGCUGAAAAUAUGAAUAAAAAAAAAAUGAAGGUAAUCAAUCCGAUGGAAAAUGUGUCCAUUAAAAUAAACUCGACCGGAAAGGAUUCAAAGAAAAUUGAUUCCCCGCAGAAUAACUUCGUUUAUAUUCAAUCUACUAAAAAUAGUUCAAUUUUAGCCGAUUUAACUAGAAAUGAUUCCAUCAUAGCCGAUUCGUCCGAAAUUGGUUUAGAAACGAACAAAGAUCAGUCUGCAAAUGAAGUUCAAAAAGAUCAAACAAAAUCGAUUAAAACUAAACCGACCCAAAAUGAUUUAAGUAAAAUAGAUUCCAGUGAAAAUAAUUACGGAAAAAGGGGUUUAAAAAGGUCUAGGGAUCAGUCGGCGACCGAGGUCAUAAAAACUAACCAAGAUCAAAAAUUAUUACCAAAAUAUAUAAUGACAAAUUAUACUGAUGUAGGCAAGCAACAAUUUGAAGAUGAUGACAACCAAAAUAAAACACCGCUUUCUGAAAUACAUCAGCUAGUGGAUGAUUCCAUUUUACGUAUGACAGACAUUCUAAGUCUGCGCUCACUUGAUAUUACCGAUAGAGAAGAAUUUAAUGAUAAUGACUCGAUAACCGAUUUAAUUGAAAAAGAAUCGAAUGAAAUCGAGCUCUCUGAAUAUGCGACUGCUACUGAAGGAAAACAGCGAGAUCAAAAGUCGCAAAAGGAGGUAAUGGAGAAAUAUACAGAUAAUUCCAAUAGUUGUGGUAAAAGUUUUUCCAAAUCAACUAUCAAUAAUCUUAAUGAGGAUGCCGAAAACAUCAUUGCAAAUGAUACCCCAACUAGUGCUCUUCAAGAGAUAGGGAAUAUCUCCCCAAAACAGAUGACAUGCGAUUCUAACUAUGACGAUACCAAAAGUGAUGGAUAUUUUACUAAAAGCAGAUCUAAAAACCAUAAGAAGGUUAUUUCUUGUGAAAUAGGUUUAGAAAGAGAUUUAAGUCCAGAAAAGAUUGGCAAUCUCCUUCCGGAUAUGCCAGUCUCUAAUGAUCUUAGUAAAUACGUAGAUGCUUGUCUGGAAAAGAUGACUUUUCUUCUACCCGAACGAAAACUACCAUCUAGAACAGAAUCUGAAGAUUUGUCUUUAGUAUACGAAGAGGAAAGGGAUAAUGACAUAACCAUAACAAAUAAUUCCAAGCACAAUGAUAAUCAAGGUUUUUAUAAUUUUCCAGGAAACCAAGACAAUAGUGAUGGCGAGUCAACCUAAAAGAUGUAUGGUAUUAUUAUAUAACAAUCAAGAAAUGUUAAAAAUCGUUUUCAUUAUAUUUGUAUCACAAAAAUGAAUGGUUAUAAGUUCUCGAAUAAAAUGUAACUUAAAUGAACGACCUGCUUAGAAAA